AAAGUUUUAUAUUUAUAUAUUUUUCACUUGUUCAAGAAAAAGACAAGGAGAAAGAAAUGGAGGAUAAAAUUGAGAAUAAAAUAGAGAAAGAAAUGAGGAGCGAAAUAUAUUUAGCUAUAUAUUCUAUGGCAGAUUUGUGUCUUGUUCCGGUAGAAACUCUAGUAACUUUUUUUACUAUAAAAUACUGUGACUCUUCAAUUAGUAUUAAGCUAGUACCAAUUAAACAGGAUUUAACUGAACAAGCUUACACGAUAGAUCUCACAGAUUUUGUUUAUGAGAUUGUAAAUGAAAUGCCUUAUUAUGCAAGCUCGUUUGAAUUACCAAUUGUCAUUGUGAAUGAAGACAGCUGCAUGGCUGGUUUGUGUACAGUAUUAAGACAUAUUGUAAAAAAUAUGAAUCCAAGUUUACUAAACGACAAAACUAUGUUAUUAGGCUUUAAGGAUUCCUGUUUGAUGGCUUGUUCGGAGGCAAGUGUGUGGACUAAAUUUUGCGAGGUCGAUUUAAUUUCAACUCUGAAGUCUUUAGAUACACAGGUUUUGGAGAACUCUGAAUUACCUGUUAAUUUAGCCAGAUUUGAAUACCAUAUGUCUCAACCGCUUAGAGUGCACAAUUUAUAUAAGUAUAUUGCAAGCAAAAAGUUUGAUAACGUUGAUAUAACUGAACGUGAUAAGACAGGUAUGCCAAUACAUAAGUAUGCGGAUAGUGGAUAUAUUACAUUAGCUGACUUAAUUAUCUUUGUGUGUAUGCAUAUUCUACUGAAUAUGUUUCCAAGCCAGAUAUCAAAGCUGAUACCUUUAACAGUCCAAUGGUAUGACAGAAUGUUGGAUGAUUUUCACAUACGAAGAUGCGCAAAAUAUUUACCUUCAAAGAGCCAUAAUUCAAGUGUACAAUAUACUCUUCCAGUUGUAGUAAACGAAAGCUUAUACAAGAGCGAUUAUAAACGAUACAAACCAAAAAACCGCAUUUUCACAAGGCAAGAUGAUAUAGAACGUUCGUUGCAGUUGAUCGAAGACAUGAAUAUUUCAAUGCAACUUGAUGUUGAACCAUUUGGUAUAGAAGUAAAUUUAAACUGGUCUGACAUCCCUUUUGAGGCUACACCAGCAGGCGGAUCAUUGCCAGCUACAAGGCUGCGACGGAAACAAGAUCAACUGCAGAAUCUGUGCAAACCCGUUUUGAAGUUGGCAAAGGCAGGGGAUAUUAUUGUAGAUUUCUGUUCAGGUACUGGCCAUUUGGGAAUAUUGAUAGCAUAUUUGCUACCUCGUUGCACAGUUAUUCUGUUGGAAAAUAAAGAGGAGUCUUUGAAUCGAGCCAAGAAGAGGGUGGAAAGGAUGAGGUUAAUAAACGUAAAGUUUUGUCAGUGUAACUUGAAUUAUUUCAAGGGAGAUUUCGACAUUGGUACGUCAUUACAUGCUUGUGGCUUAUCAACAGAUUUGGUAAUUCAAUGUUGCAUACGAAAGAAUGCGAUUUUCGUGAGUUGCCCUUGCUGUUAUGGCUCGCUGCAGAAUUGUCAUCAGCUAACGUACCCGCGAAGUGAUGUUUUUAAAGAGCAUGUUAAUAAUAAAGAAUACUCAUACCUCAGUCAUGCAGCGGAUCAAACGCAUGACGAACUAAAUAUUAAGACUAAACAAGGCUACAAAUGUAUGACAAUUGUAGACACGGACAGAAAGCUGUUUGCCGAACAAUUUGGGUACAAAGUUUAUUUCGCUAAAUUAAUUCCAGAAACGAGUUCACUUAAGAAUCACUUGUUAGUUGGUAUACCAAAAGAUAGACUAACACAUGAUUUAUGUGAUAAUUAAAUGUGUCCACUGUAGGACUUUUGUAAAUA